AUGCAGCCCACCUACAGCAUCACUGUAGUGAUGCUAGCUGCGACUUUAGUGCUGGUACCGAACGUCACUGCGAAGGCAUGCACCUUUCUUCAGCGAGUGCAGAUCAAAAGUAUAGCAGCGGCGUACUUCGACAGUCCUGACUGCGUGAGCAGUUCCUUCAACAGCAGCGGGGACAUUUCCAAGACGGAGCUUUGUGAGAGUGCAUGCACGAAGCUCAUGCGCGAGCUACUUCCCGACACACCUGACUGCGAGAGGGACGACAGCAAUCUUGCAGAAAUAUAUGGCGACUUGGUGACAUGGUGCGACGGGUCUGAUUCUGGAUCGGCCUUUGCUGUUAGGAAGUCUAAGUGGGCAGCGGAUGCGAUCCCUAUUUGCACAGCCGAAGAGGUCACUAUAAUCAACGAUAUUAACACGGAAGGGGAGAACGGAGAAAACUGCCGUGGAAAUGUGCGAACUCACAUCGCUACGAGUGUGGCAUUUUGCAUCGACCCCACGUGCGUUGCGUAUUUGGCUAACGUGGAGGCUCGACUGCCCAACUGCAGCUUUGAAGGCCUCAAUGUCAAGAAAGUGGUUGGAGACACUGUUGCGCUGUGCGACGACGCUGGUGUGACGUUGCCGAACACGACGACGCCCGCUGCGACGACAACAUCGCCAGUGCCCACAGCGACGACUCAAACACCACUAGCCACGUCUUCUGCGGACUCACAAGCAACGGAUAUACCCGCCACAAAGUCGGCGGCUACUUUCGUGGAGUUCAGCUCCAAUUUUGAGAGUGUGCUGACCCUCACUGUCGUGCUGGCGUGGGUUAGCUUGUGA